AAAUUCUAUCAAAAAAUCGCCCCCCCCCUUUGCUAUCUAACUCUUAUCGUAUUAUGAGAAAGUUGGUACCCGUUAUAUAUCUAUAUAAAUAGUGUUUACUGAAUUAUUUCUGUUACAGUUGCUGCCACUCUUGCAUUUCUUUUAGCUCGAUUUAAACUUCAGAACAAUUAUGGGCUUUAAGUAAGCAGUAGUUCUUCUAUUCGCUUGCGUCAGCGUCAUCAAAGCAUAUUCAUGUCCUAAUGAUGGCCGAACAUUUUAUCAUGCAGAUGUCAGCACAGGAUGUCGGGUAUAUCAUCUAUGCCGAGGAUCCGAAAUGUCAACAUUAAAUUGUCCAGGAGGACAAGCAUUCGAUCAUCACUCAAACGAAUGUCGAGAUCAAGCGUCAGUACACUGCGUUGAAACAGAUCACAGUCAUCAUCACCGACACAGGCGCUCGGAAUCGGACACAGAAUCCGACGAAAUGGUUCACUCUAUCAACAUCGAAGAACUUAGAGAUGAGCUCAAAGAAUUUUGUCAAGAAUUAAGAGCCCUUAUCAAAGCUGCAGUCAAAGAUGUCGCUCCAACUGUUUAUUCCCAAAUCGAAACACACUAUGCACCGACUUUAAAAAAAUUCAAGGAUGAAGUUAUGCCCUUUGUUAAUGACAAAGUUAAACCGAAAAUGGAAAAAAGUCUUAAUUAUGCCAAGAAAGUGGCUCAUCGCGUUUUUGAAAAGGUUUACAAAUCAUAUGAGCUCUCCAAUUCUACUCACGUCAAUUUAGUUUCAUUCUCAGAUUUGGCAACUGAUCUAGCCAAAGACUUGGAACCAGUUCUGAAGCUCGGAAAGUACUUGUCAGCUAGAUUAGUACAAGAUAAGAGAGUAUAGUAACCACGGAUGGAAUCACUGACUGGAGAAAGGAUCUCAUGAAUGGUUCGAUAAAGUAACGAACAUUGACUAAGUUUUAAGGUAUAACUGCUGACUAACGUAAAGGCCAAAAAACAUGGUCUCUAAUGUCGCUAUAUAUAUCUCAGUAGGCAUAAUGAUUUAUAGUUUCUAAAUAAAGCAAAAUGGUUUUUAA